GAUUAGUAACACAGCGACGACGCUGUUCAGUUUCCAAGCGCAACCCAAAAGCACAACAGUUCUCUUCUCGCUCUUCUCUUCUCGCAAACCUUCCAUUCGUAAACAUCAUUCCCAGUUUACUUUCAUGACAGUGCCUUCUGAUGCUCGAUCCUAAUGUUAACGCACUAUAUUUAAUUCUAGAAACGUUUAUUUUUACUCCUUGUCACGAUAAAACUCCGCAUUACCCUGCUGUAAUGGCUGAUUUUGGGUUUAAUGAGCACCAUCAGAACGAGGUGAUAAACUACAUGCGGUUUGCCCGCUCUAAACGGACCUUGAGACUGAAGACAAUUGACUCCUGUUUCCAAGACUUGAAGGACAGUAGGCUCAUAGAGGAAACUUAUACGGUGGAUGAGGUGUCUGACAUGCUUGACGGGCUGCAGGUGCUGGUGCGUGGAGAAGUGGAGAUGGAACUCAUAAACACAGCUCACACUAAUGUGCUUCUGCUGCGACAACUCUUUUCCCAGGCGGAGAAAUUCUAUCUGAGACUGCAAACAGACAUUUCUGAGCUGGAGAACAGAGAGUUACUGGAGCAAGUAGCUGAGUUUGAGAAGACUGAUUUCAAACCCAACAGCAAGGUAAAUCAGGAGUCCAGUAAGCCAAAAUUAGCACCGCUGAAUGAAGGAGGUGUUUCUGAACUACUCCAGAAGGAGAUUUCCAGACUACAAGAGGACAAUGACAAAUUGAAAGCUAGACUCAGAACUUUGGAAUCUCAGGCCAUGAGCGCUCUAGAUGACAAGUCCAAAGCAGAGAGGGCCUUGAAAGACCUUCAAAAAAGUCAAGGAGAUCAUCAGUUUGCAAUGUGUGCUCAGGAGAUCGCAAAUCUGGAAGGCACAGUUGCAGCAAUGCAGGCUGACUUUGAAAAGACCCUGAAUGCCAACGUUGCUUCUCAAAAAGACCUGCAGGACAGCCUGGUAUCCGCUAAACAUGACCUGCUUCGUGUCCAGGAGCAACUUUCCCUUGCUGAGAAGGAACUGGAAAAGAAAUUUCAGCAGACGGCUGCAUACCGCAACAUGAAGGAGAUUCUCACUAAAAAGAAUGAACAGAUUAAAGAUCUGAGAAAGAGACUACAAAGGUAUGAAUCAGAUGAGUGAACGUUUAACCCACAGGAAACAAAUGAAGAGGUCAACUGAGGGACUUUUAAUGCAUAUUAAAGGAAGUGAAGUCAUUUUUAUCUAUAAAGAUAUACAUUUCAGAAAGGCAAAGGACCAAAAUAUGAUCAACAAUAAUGAGCUGAGAUUCUUACACAGCUCUAUGCCUUCUUAUGUAUUUCCUCAUCGGUGAAAUGAUCACUAUGUAUCAGCUACAAUUUAGUGGUUUACAGUAGAUUAGAAGUUGUAUUCAGACGUGACACUACAAUUGCUUAGUUAUUCAUCACCUCUCUGUAUUCUUCAUUGUCUAUGGCUGGUUACCCGAGAGGUGCUUUUUGCAAGUACCUUCGUGUUUGUGGGUUCACUUUGGUAAAGAGGAAAAGAAAUGCCCAAGUCUUUGUUCUCAUCUUUCCUAGAGGAAUACAGCUUGACUCUGCUGUCAAAUUCUUGUUUUAAGGUCCAACAUACUUUGUUUUCAAAUAACUAGAUGUCUGUGCAUUUUUCUUAUGCAUAAAUUAAUCUACUAGAACCUCUAUCUGCUACCGCAAGGAUAUAACCUAUACAAAAAUUUGUAGAUUAUAACAUCUCAUAGGAAAUAUUGGUAACACUUUCUAUGAAAUCUAUGGAAAUGUUUGUAGUGAAAGUGUUUUUUAUUAAUGUUAAGUCUUUUGUUUUAUUUAGCUGGCUAUAAUUAGAUACUUUGUUAAAAAUAUGUUUAUUCCCAUUCUGACUCACACCACAAUGAGGCACUAGUCCACAUCCUUUGUUUUGACUUUUAAUCUUUAUAUUACUUUGAAUCUUUUGAAAUAUUUUGUAAGCUCAGAGGCCAGUGAAACGUAUCUACAUAUUAACACUACAGGCCAAUUAGAAGCUGAAUGCAGUCUUUACAUUACUGAAGACACCAGUGCUUUUAAAUGUUUACUGCAUUGCACAUUCAUUGUAUAUUUAUAUGCUAUCCACAGUAUAUUUUUGUAAGACCUAUGUCCUUUCCCCCUUUAAUCAAUAAGGAUAAGUGGAACAGUGGUGUAGGAGUGAUAUGACUCUACCUGUGGUCGGGGUCUUUUGUCGUGUGUAACAUUUCUAGUGAUGUAAUAGUGUGAAAUGCAGUGGUUCACUUGAGCUCAUAAAGUUUGCUUUUGGAGUA